UUUUAUGACGUCAAACUCAGCAUUCCGACCCAUUUUGAGCCGAUUUCUGAGAAAUAGAAACUAGAGGAAAUAAAAACAUUGGUGUUAUAUAUCAUAACAAUGACAAUCACAGCUAGUUUACCAUAAAAAAUGGAAAGAAGACAAUAUUGAGUACAUAAGUUUACAAAAAAAACUCAUUUUAUCGGACAAUGAAGUGUUAUGCUUGUUUUACGAGAAUUUAGGUAGAUAAUGGGCAAGGAAUAUAGGAAUUUAGCUGCACGGUCUGACGGCCACACCCUAUCACGUGCGGUUUGUAACACUAAUUUCAUUCAGGUAUGCGCAUGUGAUCUAUCCAGAACAAGAUGAAUUAGGGUAAAAAAAAUAAUACAGAUAAACCUUUUAUCUGUUUCGGUAGGGAGCGGGAAAAUACUUUAUCAGAAGAAACAAAAUAUAGUCUAUGUUAGGUAAAGAAGCACAAGAUGAUGAUUUCUUGUGCAAAGCACUGUGACUUUAAGUGAUAAUGAGUACCCCUGGGCCCCUGUGGAGCUGCCAUCAAUGAGUUUGGUUCCUGUAAACUUAUCCCUAUACCCGGAACAACUCGAGUAGUUUUAUAUACCGAAUUAUACAAUGCAAAGAAAACAAGCACCUCGCCUUCCAUGAAGUGGCAUCUACUGCAAUGGCAUCCGUAUUAUGUCGAGGUUUAUUUUCAGAUAUGAUUUGGAUGGGGAGAAGAUUUCCAGCCUAGAACACGAAAUGGGGAUGGAUAUAAAGAGAAGGGGAGGCGAGAGGACCAACAACAGUAUCCACGAGCAGUCAAGACUAGAAAAAAGACCUUCUGAUAAGCGUCAACAGUGCACUGGAAUAAUUUGCAAGCACCAGCAUGGUUAUGAUGCACGUAAAAAUUCUCCCUACUCUCCUGGUGGUAACCAUGGUAGCAGCAGCACCGACCUCAGCCCCUCCCUCCGCACUCCCACCAUCAACAGGGCUAUUGUCAUCAGCACCCUUACCCUUCGACAGUCAGGAGGCAGCCAUCGCAAGACAAGCUGAGGGGAGAGGGGUUGCUCUUUUCAUGGCCUUGCUGAAAAAACAAGCAAAAACGGCCAAA